AUCAGUCGCUCCAGCUCCCACAGUAUUAAUCUGUUUUUGGUUUAGCCAGCCACAAGGCGCAGUGUGAGUCAGACGACGGAAAUAGUAGCUACAGGUGUGCACGUAUUGUACUCUUUCGGGAAACGGGAGGCGUCCAACAAAGCCAGAAGUCAGGUCUAAGCUGCCAACAUUAUUAAGGUUGACCGCUGGGGCAAGAUCUCUGCCCGAAAACAUGGUUACUACCUGUCCUGGAUGUGCCACUCUUCACUAGGCUUUAAUAUACUGUAAGACUUCGCGCCUUCAGUAAACAACAGAGAUGGAGUUUCGGCUCGUGCUCACCUACCUGCUAUUCAGCUUUCACCUGCGCGCGGGAAAGACGCAGAGCGCGAGCUCCGGUUCAGUCUCGAACUGCUGUGAAGGCGACGUCUUGUUCCUACUGGAUUCCUCGGGCAGCGUGUCAUUGUUGGAGUUUUCCCACAUGCUAACCUUCCUGUCGGAGCUUGUGCAACCUUUCUCUCUGGGUCACGAGCAGGUGAGGUUGGCGCUGUUGCAAGUAGGCACCAUGCCUCAUCUGGAGUUUGGCUUUGAGACUUAUAGCAGGCAGCGGGAUCUUCAGGAAGCACUGAAGAGGACUCAGAAACUUGGAGGAGACACCAAUACAGAGGAAGCUCUUCUGAUCGCCAAGGACGAGGUGCUGAAACAAGGCAUCCCAGGUGGAGCGAGAGAGGGACUGCCGAGAGUGCUGGUUUGGCUCACCGAUGGUGUGGAGCCCGGAGACGUGGGCCAACUCAUGGCCGAGCUGCGGGACGAGGGCGUCUACGUGCUGGUUGUCUCCACUGGCCGAGGGAACUACCAGAUUUUAAGGGAUGUUGUGAGUCCACCUGUUGAGGAGCACCUGCAUUUUGUGGAUAUUGAAGACCUGAGUAUAAUCACUGAGGACUUAAGGAAUGCUAUUAUUGAAAUCAUCCGUGCUAAAAGGCUACAGGUCUCCGACAUCACCUCUACCAGUGCAGAGUUACACUGGAGGGCCAUGGGUGCAGGUACCGGGUACUAUGACAUCCGGUUUGGACCUGUUCACUCAGGACAGCAAGAAGUAGAUCCGGGAAGCAGUGGUACUGACCAAAGCAUUGCCCCUGGUUCCUUCCAGAAAAUCACUCGACCCGGCAACUCCAGCUCUGCCAAGCUGAUCAACCUACGUCCGAACACCACGUACAAUGUCACGCUAAUACCACACUCCAACUUCGAAUUUUUUAACACCCUGCAUACUGUCUUCACCACGCAGUCAGAGAUCCAGAGUCCAGCACAAGUGACGGUUUCUGAGUCGACCAUGACCAGUGUGAGAGUGAGCUGGGGGCCGCUGAUGCCCGAAUCUGUACAGUCUUACGAGAUCGAGUACUCCACCCUUCCAACAGGGAAACUCCACGUGCUUACAGUUAAUAACAGGCAGAACUCGACAAUACUGACUAACCUGCAGCCUGGGACACAGUACCUGGUCACCGUGAGCGCCAGCUACUUCUCUGGCAAAGAGAAAGCAAUGUCUGUCAAAGUAUGCACUCAAGAAGUGUUGCCACCUCUAGCAGAUCUGCAUCUAAGUACAGUGGGAAAUGACUCAGUGUUGGUCAAGUGGAAAGGAGGCGCUGAGGGUUUACGUGGUUACUGGCUCACAUGGGAAGACAAGUCUGUACCAUCCUCUAGGCACCAUUCUACUCUGUAUCUGCCACCCCACCUCCUCUCUACAACACUUACCCACGUACCCCAUAACACCCGUGUCUGCGUCUCCCCUGUUUACAAGUCAGCUCGGGGCGAAGGCCUUUGCUGUACGACUCACUUCGUCUCAGCUGCAUUUGCUUGGAGUCACAACUUGUAGUCCUGCCAGACAGAUGGAUGCAGAACUGAAAACCUUACCACAGAUGGAAAAAGGCGAAGAGAAAGGUUGUAAUUCAUAUAUAGUUAUAGCACUUGUUUCCCCACAGAGAGGUGCUCUAAAGCACUACACCACCACAAACUGCACUGAAUAGACAAAACCGAAGUUAUUUAAAUCUGCAAACACACUAUGCAUGCAUCUCGAAUUAAAACUAAAACUACAACAUUUUCAUAGGCUCAAAAGUGAUUGGACAUUUGAGAGAUAAGUAUCUGACCUUCUGUUUAUUGUGACGAAUUAAGACAUCGGAUGCCCUGAAGGACUCAAAUGUGGAUGUGUGCAGAAAUCUUUCCUUGACGAAGAAAAGCCCAUUCACAAAAUUUUGCCAGAACAAUCCUGUAGAGGUAGGCGUAUUAUUGUUAUAGUCUAUAGUCAGGAGACGCUCUUGUGUUACACGCAAGACUCAAGGAAGGAAAGACCAGAUUAUAGGUACUUACAAAACAUCUUAAAAGCCUGCCCAGUUGUUGAACAAGAAUUUGGACAGAUGAAACUUGUAGCAGAAUGAUAUGAAGAGCAUGGAGAUAGAGAAUAAGGGCUCAUAACUCAAAGCAAGUCACAUCAUCUGUCAAACAAAGGUGGAGGGAGGCAGUUUUAUGGCAUGGCCAUGUGUGGCUUUUAUUCGAUUAUUGGGUGUUUAUUUAUGGUGUAACUGCUGUUAGAAUGAAAUGGGAUGAAUUCCGAGCUGUACCUUCUGCUCGGAUUCAGUGGUUCGGUCAAAUGCUGCAAAACUGCUAGGACAGCAAUCCACGAGUUUCUUACGGCAAAGAAAUGAAAUGCUUCUAAAUGAGCUAACCUCAACCUGGAGCAUGCUUUUCACUUACUGAAGACAAAACAGGUGACACGAGCAGCAACUGAAGGCCGCUGCAGAAAAGGCUUAGCUAAGAAGGAAACUCAGUUGUUGGUGAUGUCAAGUACAGUAUUCAAAAUAUUUCUUGUUUUUAUUCAAAGUCAAAUUACUUUAGAGCCUGUGAAAAUAAAGGGAUUAUAGAAACAUGCCUAUAAAUCCUAAAUGGUUCAUGAAAUUAUUUUUUAUAAAAUCCAUUAAUUAAGGCUGAACGUUUACACUUCAAUCAAGUCUUGACUGCCUUAGUUUAAAUCCAUUGUAAUGUACAGAUGCAAAAGUGUGAAAAUUGUGUCACUGUGCAUAUACUGUACAGAGGGGCCCAAAAAAUGUAUACACACAUCAACAUGAAAAAUAUAAUCACAAAAAAUCACGUUCACACGAUAGAAUCAACAAUGGUGCGAAUACUGACAUCUUUAGAGCAAAAAUAAUACAUGUUGCUGCCAUAAUUAUAGUUAUUUUAAAAAAGGGCAAUUGUUGAAGUGUGUAUACAGUACAUUUUUUGGGCCCCUAUGUACAUACAGACCUGACUGUAAAUGAGGAGCAUGCUAGCUGUCUAUUUCACUAAUGAAAUGAAAUCUUGAAUGUCUUAUUGCCCCAUGUAUUUUGUGUUUGAAAAGGGAACAAUGAAAUCCUCAGAACAGUUUAGUUAACUUCUGACACACAUCUAGCUAAAGUUGCACAUCUAAACCACUGCCUGAAAAUAAAUUGUUUAUUAUAAGUUGUGUAUUUUUAAAGCUUGUGAUUAGGGCCAUUUAUCUCAGUGCUUGUAAUAUGUAUUCCUGGAGUACCACUGCCUUUCAUGUGGUCGUGUUUUCCCUUGUUCAAAUCAGCAACAAAUUAACACACCCUUCCUGCAGUGACAUGGCUGUGCUCGAGCAGGGAAACUAUUUUUAAAAAAAAAUGGUUUAGGCCACCAUAAUUAUCUCUUUAUGAGAUUGCAAGGUUGAUGAAAAGAAGGACCAGAUUUUGAGUUCUUCGUAGCUACUAAUGAAAGGGUGUAACAAAUAUUUUGCCGUUAAGAAGGGCCUUAAUCAGCUCUACAGUAAAUGUCUCAGGCACAAAUCCACUACUCACACACGUCUACUUGGAUAUGUACAUAAAGAUAAGCUUUUUAUACUUUCCUUCUGCAAACUGCAUUUAAGGAUAUGUACAUGGUUGCAUUUUUUGGCCUUGCAUAUUUACAGUUUAGGAUGCAGCACAGAAAGCCUCUACUGCCAUCUUGUGGAUCUUCAGAGAUAUUGAUGCUUAUUUUAGCUUAACUAAUUACUUCAAACAAUUUGGUCUGCUGGCAAAAUAUUCACAUUAUGAAGAGUUGUUUUAUAAAUAUGAGUUGCAUGUAAAUAAGAUUAAUCUAAAUUUAGCACUUUCUUUUAGUUAAAGCCUACUGUUUGCCAAACUACUCAUCAUGCUUGUGUGCUGUCUUUAU